AUGUUCGCUCCGGCCCACUGUCAGUUUGUCUUCCUGCUUUCGUCCUCCAGCCACUCCUCCCAAGUGAAAUGCCAGAUGCCCACAAUCCGUGAGCGGUCAAGCUUUGAACCUCAAACCACAUCUCAAUUCCGACCUGAGCAAUGCAUGCGCAAUUUAUGCUCUCUUAGUGCUCCCUGGUUUGACCUUAUGCACGGUGAGAUUGAAGCACUUCAAAAUGCAUGGGAUCAACUCUAUGGGGAAAACCAAGAUGAAUGGAUGUCUCAGAGACGAACCCUAUGUUGUGUCGCCUCCAAGAGGUCGAACUUGAUAUUGCGUUUGUGCAAUGGUAAAAACGCAGCGGAUCGAAGAGAGAAACCAUGCCUCUCCCGUCGUGGUCAAGGAUGUGUAUGGCCAUAUUCAAGCUUUCUACCGUGGACUCCAUGGAAAGUUGCUAGAAGCUCCAUUGAAAUUCUCUGCGAGGGGGGAUACGUCUUCGAACCAUUCAAGAUGCCGGGCUAUAUUUCCCAAGCCGAACUUCAUUAGCCUAAAAGCAACAGCUGAAGUGAUCAAAAUCAGAACAACACAUUGCCUCGAUGGCGUUUCAGUGUGAGCUUAAUUCCCAUAAUAUCCUUAACGCAGCUCUUGGUAUCUUACCAGGAGAUGCAUAUGCAUUGAUAAUGCUUGGAGACCACGAUCUCUUCGAGGAUGACGAACGUGUUUUAUGUGCAGCUGAGCGUUUGGAGGCAGUUUAAAUGUUAUCGUUUCCAUCUCCAAACCUCUUCUAGAGUCUGCUUUGUGGAAGAGAACAGGCCUAAUCAAUUUCACAAUGUCAGUCGUAUCCGGAUACGUGCUGCACUGCGGGAAUAUCGGCUUCGAAAAAGCGUGAAAAGGCUAAGCCCCCGAAACUACCACUAUCGACCAUGGUAUCAAAGGCAAACGGGCUCGGUUAACCCAAGUAUUCUCCGAUAAAAGCCGCUCCGGCCGCAUGUUGUGCUCUAUUUCCGAUUGACGAUCAAGCCCUAGAAGAUCAGCCCUUAGGCUGUGGCUCAGGCGUAUCUGCUGCACAGUCUCUUCCGAACUCGAGGAUUGUUUUCAGUAAGGGCCAUUGUGCACACUAUCCGUGCCCAAUGCAGGCAAUGCCUCGACCCAGCACGGCCCACUGAUGUCUGUGAAAUGGAUGUGCUCAAUUCGCGUAUGUCGUCAAUGUCGAACUUGGGCAACAGUACGAGAAGCUUCUUGAAUUCUGCAAUAGCCAGCGGACAUCCUUCGGCUUGCGUUGUUCUGUGCCCCGAUAUGUGCAAUGCUACUUGGCUCAGAGCACCCAUCAGGUUCCGCCCAGAGAACAGGAUGUGCUCAAGUAGUCUGAUAUAUGCGAGUCAAUGUUCUUUGCAUUAUAACAGUAUUGGGCCGCUGAACAAAAGUGUCAGAUGGUGAUGACUGAAUGCUUUCUUUCAGCCUCCUCCCCAAACUUUCACGUGAUUGCAACUGCUUACUAGAUCUGUCAUGGAAGCUCCCGCGACGCGUUCAACUCACUUUGUUCAGUCUUCUCGCUCUCUUCACAGUCACAGAGACACUCUGGCUGCCCCGGCUGGUUAUCAGCUGGCAAGAGCGAGUGUGCCUGACUGCAUAGCACUGUUGUGAAUGCAAUAGGAAGAUGUGGUUUUAGCUGCUUGAUUCCGAAAGAACGACCUCAGAAGCUAUAAAACUGGGUGUUCUCCCCUCCUUGGA